AAUCCCUUCACCGGUUUUCCCUCCGCUCAGCCUCGUGACUGCAGCUCGUCGCUCAGCUCUUCCUCUCUGUUUCAGGACCCGGCUGGGAUCUUUGAGCUCGUCGAACUGGUUGGAAACGGCACCUAUGGGCAGGUCUACAAGGGUCGCCAUGUCAAAACGGGCCAGCUUGCUGCCAUCAAGGUCAUGGACGUCACCGGAGACGAGGAAGAGGAGAUUAAAGCUGAGAUUAACAUGCUGAAGAAGUACAGUCACCACAGGAACAUCGCGACCUAUUAUGGCGCCUUCAUCAAGAAGAACCCUCCAGGAAUGGACGACCAGCUUUGGCUGGUGAUGGAGUUCUGUGGAGCCGGGUCGGUGACGGACCUGAUCAAAAACACCAAAGGGAACUCGCUGAAGGAGGAGUGGAUCGCCUACAUCUGCAGGGAGAUCCUCAGGGGACUAACCCACCUCCACCAGCACAAAGUCAUCCACAGAGACAUAAAGGGGCAGAACGUGCUGCUGACGGAAAACGCAGAGGUCAAGCUGGUGGACUUCGGUGUGAGCGCCCAGCUGGACCGGACGGUGGGGCGGAGGAACACGUUCAUCGGGACGCCGUACUGGAUGGCCCCGGAGGUCAUCGCCUGCGAUGAGAACCCGGACGCUACAUACGACUUCAAGAGUGAUCUGUGGUCGCUCGGCAUCACAGCCAUAGAGAUGGCAGAGGGAGCUCCACCUCUGUGCGACAUGCAUCCGAUGAGAGCGCUCUUCCUCAUCCCCAGAAACCCGGCGCCGAGGCUCAAGUCAAAGAAGUGGUCCAAGAAGUUCCAGUCGUUCAUCGAGAGCUGCCUGGUGAAGAGCCACAGCCAGCGGCCGAGCACCGAGCAGCUGCUGAAGCACCCCUACAUCCGAGACCUGCCCAACGAGCGCCAGGUCCGCAUCCAGCUGAAGGACCACAUCGACCGGACCAAGAAGAGGCGGGGCGAGAGAGAUGAGACGGAGUAUGAGUACAGCGGGAGCGAGGAAGAGGAUGAGGAGCGGGACAUCGGAGAGCCCAGCUCCAUCAUCAACAUUCCCGGAGAGUCGACUCUGAGGCGGGACUUCCUGCGCCUCCAGCUGGCCAAUAAGGAGCGGUCGGAGCUGAUCCGGCGCCAGCAGCUGGAGCAGCAGCAGAACGAGGAGCACAAGCGCCAACUACUGGCUGAGAGGCAGAAACGCAUCGAGGAGCAGAAGGAGCAGCGGCGGCGGCUAGAGGAGCAGCAGCGCCGGGAGCGGGAGCUGAGGAAGCAGCAGGAGCGGGACCAGAGGAGGCGCUACGAGGAGAUGGAGCAGCUCCGGCGGGAGGAGGAGAGGAGGCACGCCGAGAGAGAGCAGGAGUAUAUCCGUAGACAGCUGGAGGAGGAGCAGAGGCAGCUGGAGAUCCUGCAGCAGCAGCUCCUGCAGGAGCAAGCCUUACUGCUGGAGUACAAGAGGAAGCAGAUCGAGGAGCAGCGGCAGGCGGAGCGGCUGCAGCGGCAGCUGCAGCAGGAGCGCGCCUACCUGGUGUCGCUGCAGCAGCAGCAGCAGGAGCCGCCGCGGCCGCCGCAGGACAAGAAGCAGCUGUACCACUACAAGGACCAGGCGCCGGGCAGCAACGACAAGCCGGCCUGGGCCAAAGAGGUGAUGCGCCGCGCUCAGAGCAACUCGCCUCGCAUCCCGCCCAAGAAGUACCACUCCUUCAGGGAGACGCGGGACGUCAACAUGGACAACCUGCUGCUGUUGCCGGGUUACCGGCCGCCCAGGCCCCGCCCCCCGUCCUAUCCGGCCCACGUCAGCCCGUCCAGGGACCACCUGAACCAGCCCAGGAUCCGGAUCACCUGCCUGCCCGAGCCGGAGCCAGCCAUGCGGCGCCAGAGUCCCGGCAGGAGCCCCGUGAGGCAGCCGGACUCCCGGGGUCGGAGCCCCGCCCGCCGGGUGGAGGAGCUUUAUAAGAUGAACAGACAGGAUUCUCCUGCGUUGCAGCAUAAAGUCUCCAACCGGAUCUCCGACCCGGCCCUGCCCCCCCGAUCCGAGUCCUUCAGCAGCGGAGGGAUCCAGCAGGCCAGGACGCCGCCCAUGCACCGCUCCGUAGAGCCACAGGUUCCUCAGCGGACCACCUCCAUUUCUCCGGCUCUGGUCCGGAAGAACUCUCCGGGAAACGGACCAGGCCUCGGCCCGCGGGCCGGAGCGCACCUCAUCCGGGCCAGCAACCCUGACCUGAGGAGGACCGACAUCUCCAUGGAAACGCCUCUGAAGAGGACGAGCAGCGGCAGCUCCUCCAGCUCCAGCACCCCGAGCUCCCAGGGAGGCUCCAACGAGAGAGGUAACUCUGCUGCUAAAACCGACGGCUCCACGCUUUCCUCCCACGACGCCAAAGACGACAGCAGAGAGCUGACCCGGCCCAGCCGGCCCGCGAGUUAUAAGAAAGCUUUAGACGAGGAGGAGUUGGACCUGACGGCUCUGGCCAAAGAGCUGAGAGAGCUGCGGCAGGGAGAGGAGACCAGCCGUCCGCCGGUCAAGGUCACGGACUACUCUUCAUCCAGCGAGGAGUCGCACAGCAGCGAGGAUGAGGAGGGAGAGGGCGGGGCUAAUGACGGAUCGGUGGCCGUUAGCGACAUACCGCGGAUUAUGCCUCCAGCGAGUCAGAGCAGCAACGAGUCCUUCGGCGUGAUGGGAGGUCAAAACGACGCCCACGGUGACCCGUACGGUGACAGCACUCAGGACAGCACGCUCAUGAUGCGGGAGAGGUUUAGGGGACGGAGGCGGAGCUCUGCCCCCGGCAACAGUUACCACGGCAGCGCUAAUCCGUUCCUUGGCAACACCAACCUCCCAGAUCUGGUGCAACAAAGCACUCUGGGCCCUCUGGGCCGCGCCUCCUUGGUCCAAUACGGGAUGGGAGGCAGCGGCGGCUCCAAGGCGUCCUUCACCCCGUUCGUUGACCCCCGGGUGUACGGGACCUCGCCGACCGAGGAUGAUGAGAAAAACUCUGCUGCAGCGUUGUUUGCUGAUGAGCUGCUGAAACAGGAGCAGGAGCAGGCGAGGCUCAACGAGGCCCGGAAGAUCUCCGUGGUCAACGUGAACCCGACGAACAUCCGGCCGCACAGCGACACGCCCGAGAUCAGGAAAUACAAGAAGCGCUUCAACUCUGAGAUCCUCUGCGCUGCUCUGUGGGGAGUGAAUCUGCUGGUGGGGACAGAAAACGGCCUGAUGCUGCUGGACCGAAGCGGCCAGGGAAAAGUUUACAACCUGAUUAACCGAAGGCGCUUCCAGCAGAUGGACGUCCUGGAGGGACUCAACGUCCUGGUCACCAUCUCAGGGAAGAAGAACAAGCUGCGAGUGUACUACCUGUCCUGGCUGAGGAACAGGAUAUUACACAACGACCCGGAGGUGGAGAAGAAGCAGGGCUGGAUCACAGUGGGGGAGCUGGAGGGCUGCGUGCAUUACAAAGUCGUGAAAUACGAAAGGAUUAAAUUCCUGGUGAUUGCUCUGAAAAACUCAGUGGAAAUCUACGCCUGGGCACCAAAACCUUACCAUAAAUUUAUGGCCUUUAAGUCUUUCACCGAUCUGCAACAUCGCCCCCUGCUGGUGGAUUUAACUGUGGAGGAGGGUCAGAGGUUAAAGGUUAUCUAUGGCUCCACUGUAGGUUUCCAUGUGAUCGAUGUGGAUUCUGGAAACCCUUAUGACAUCUACAUCCCCUCACAUAUCCAGGGUCAGGUGACCCCGCACGCCAUCGUGGUCCUGCCCAAGACGGACGGCAUGGAGAUGCUGCUGUGCUAUGAGGACGAGGGCGUCUACGUCAACACCUACGGCCGAAUCACCAAAGACGUGGUGCUGCAGUGGGGCGAGAUGCCCACAUCCGUCGCCUACAUCCACUCCAACCAGAUCAUGGGCUGGGGGGAGAAGGCCAUCGAGAUCCGCUCCGUGGAGACGGGACACCUCGACGGCGUUUUCAUGCACAAACGAGCUCAGCGCCUCAAGUUCUUGACGGAGAGAAACGACAAAGUUUUCUUCGCCUCGGUCCGCUCUGGAGGCAGCAGUCAAGUUUUCUUCAUGACCCUGAACAGAAGCUCCAUGAUGAACUGGUAACCUGCCCCGCCCCCCGCUGGGAGCCACGCCCCUUCGCCGGAGGGACGAUGGAGGACGGUGUCUGUGCGUGUUUAUAUGUGUGUGUGUACUCGUGGACGACGACGACAAGCUGCUGACUGGACUGCACAUCUGGAGGAGGUGCUAAACCACAGCAGAGCGUCCCUACUUAGACAUCCUCACGCUGUAGGGGGCGCUGCAGGUCCUGUGGUCGGUUUGACUGCCUGCAGAGCGAAGGUGACCCCACAAGGUCGGCGCUUUGGCCUGCUGGGCCGGACUGAGGGUGGAUCUGGAGCCUUUAAGGACCUGACCAGUAGCCUUCGAGUGGGGAAGCUCUUUGUGUAGCACAUCAGUGACUUUCAUCCAGGGUGUUCACACUGCGAGUGCACAGGCCUGCCUGCUGCAGCAAAACCCCACGGCUGUAGUUUAGUGAGUAAGCAAAGUAGCAUUAGACAAACAAAACACCUGAGGAUGAGAUCAUAAAUGCACACAAUGUUAAGAUUGUUUUCAUCUCACAAAGCCAGGAUGAUUUAUUAUUUCUGUUUUAUUAGAUUCUGUCUGAAUUAAUCACAUGUGAGAACAGAAACACACAGAGGCUGCUGGGUGUGAAAAUCCUUUUUGUUUCACUUUUAGGAAUAGAAAUGCACAACUUUAAGAAGCAACAAACAAAAUGCACCAGAAUAAGAAAUGAUUCGGAUUCUGGGCGCCUGAUCAAAUCUGACAAUCUUAAAGGGACAGUGACGGGAAAUCUCUGAAUGUUACACAAAAAGAACGUCGCAACAUUUCACUGUUUCAGCCAUCGAUGAUUAUAUAAAACCAAUCUGACAGAUUAAUCUGCAAAAACACAAAAGCUUACCAAGUAAUUUUGUCCAGUUUCUAGUGUAAAUAUCUUAGUAAACUUGAAGU